GCAUGAUCAUGCAAGGAGCAUCUUCCUCGAUAAUCCUCAUAACACUGUCGUGUUUUCUCUAUCACACUACUGACACCACGGAGUUAUUAACUGAGGAUUUAUGUGCGUUUCUCUAACUCUGCAUUCCGGCCAUACCAUCGUCUACUGCUCAAAACGGGAUUUCCAAUUUUCCAUUAACCACCGAAGGGGGUUCCUGUAAACGAAGGUCGUUUCUCCGGCGAGCAGAGCUGUCUUCCGGAUUGAAAGGUAUAUCCAGGGAAGAUGGGUAUCAUAGAAAAGAUUAAAGAAAUUGAAGCUGAAAUGGCACGGACGCAGAAAAACAAAGCCACAGAAUACCACCUUGGACAACUCAAGGCAAAGAUUGCAAAGUUAAGGACACAGUUGUUGGAGCCUCCGAAGGGUUCUAGUGGUGGUGGAGAAGGUUUUGAAGUUACAAAAUAUGGCCAUGGACGUGUUGCACUGAUAGGAUUUCCAAGUGUGGGGAAGUCGACACUUUUAACUUUGUUAACGGGAACACAUUCAGAGGCUGCCUCGUAUGAAUUCACAACACUUACCUGCAUUCCUGGCAUUAUACAUUACAAUGAUACUAAAAUUCAACUUCUUGACCUUCCUGGAAUCAUUGAAGGAGCUUCUGAGGGAAAGGGACGUGGUAGGCAGGUUAUUGCAGUUUCCAAGUCAUCAGACCUCGUACUGAUGGUUCUUGAUGCCUCAAAGAGUGAGGGUCAUCGUCAAAUAUUGACAAGAGAGCUGGAAGCUGUGGGCCUACGUUUGAACAAGAAGCCUCCUCAAAUAUACUUCAAAAAGAAAAAGACUGGGGGCAUUUCUUUUAACAGCACAGUUCCUCUGACACAUGUAGAUGAGAAGCUUUGCUAUCAAAUUCUACAUGAGUACAAGAUUCACAAUGCAGAGGUAUUAUUUCGUGAGGAUGCCACAGUGGAUGAUCUCAUAGAUGUUAUUGAGGGCAAUCGCAAAUAUAUGAAGUGCAUAUAUGUCUACAACAAAAUUGAUGUUAUUGGUAUUGACGAUGUGGACAGACUAGCCCGUCAGCUAAAUUCUGUUGUCAUUAGCUGCAAUCUGAAGUUGAAUUUAGACAGACUUCUUGCAAAAAUGUGGGAAGAAAUGGGGCUUGUAAGAGUUUAUACAAAGCCUCAGGGGCAGCAACCUGAUUUCACUGAUCCUGCAGUUCUUUCUGCGGAUAGAGGUGGUUGCACGAUAGAAGCCAUGUGUAAUCACAUACACAGGAGUCUGGUGAAGGAUUUAAAAUAUGCGCUGGUAUGGGGAACAAGUGCAAGGCACUACCCACAACAUUGUGGUCUUGCUCAUUCUCUCCAUGAUGAGGAUGUCAUUCAGAUUGUAAAGAAAAAGGAGAAGGAAGAAGGGGGGAGAGGUCGGUUCAAGUCCCAUUCAACAGCCCCAGCACGAAUAUCUGACAGAGAAAAGAAGGCACCAUUGAAGACUUGAGUACGCCGGUUAAUGAGGUCUGCAAUUGCUAGCAUUCUGAUUGGUGUAGAAGAAUAUGAGUGGCUAAAAGGUAUAAUUUAUUUGCAUAGGGUAAUGUCAUGCAACUUUUUCCUGCAUGCUAUAUGCCGUCUUAUCUCAAGAUUGACAAUGAUUAAAACUGAAGAGUACAUCUCAGGUUAUCUAGUCGUGUUUCUGUAGGGGUAGAUGGAAAAUGGGUCUAUCAGAUAUGAUAUUUUGGUCCACAUGUUGUAUCAAAUAGGUUGAAUUUCAGUCAACUUCUACAGAUAUGAUAUUUUUGUAGAGAAAUUGUUAUUACUGAGUCCUUCAAGACAGCUACUAGCUUCUACAGAGGUGUAGUUUGGGGUGAAGUUCUUUAUUCCUAUGUUAUUAUUGAUGUUGAUCCUUUUGUUGUAUUAACUGUCAAAUGAGUUGCA